UUUAUUGAACUGUUUUUAAAAUUUUUAUUCAUUGAUUUUUUUUUUUUUUUUUUACAGCGACGGACUUUGGGGUGGUAGUAAUAACCUGUUUAAUAAGUAGCGUGUUAGUAUAAGUCACCAGAGCAUACGUCCUAUCCGAUGUCAUUCAUUAAGGACAUUUAUAUUUUGGUUGAAAUUUAAGCGUCAAAGGGAGUGGAUAAUGUGGAUUUCGGACUUGCCUACAAUUCUGUACCACGCAAGCUUGUCACAGCUCUCCAACAUGGCAGCUGAAAAAGGAAUAACAUUUACGAUAGCAUUUACAGGCCAGCAAGUUGAACUGCACAGUCGCCGUAUGGGAAGAGUGUGUUCUGCUCACAGCCAGCACAGGCAAAGCAGGCGGGAGAUUCACGAUGAGCCGGAGGACACCCCGCAGACUGAAAGCCUCCCUCCAGAGCAGCGCUGUAGCGAACCGCGCGACACCCCGUGGGGCUUCCAGCAACAGUCAGCGCCGGGAGAGCGCUGGUCCGACACCAGCCCGCAGGCCGCGGUCCGCACACUGCAGCCUCCAGCCGGCCACUCAGUCGGCCAGCGAUUCCCGCUAUUGUUGACAAACCCUCAACGGCUCCAUCUUGGCUGCAGCCGCUGGCUUUGUCCUCCUGAUAAGCUUGCGCCGCCCCACCCCCCCCCCCCCCCCACCCCCCCCCGCCCACCUCGACCUGAACAGGGCCUCAUCAAAAGCAUUUCGAGAGUGCCACGGCGGACAAAGCAACAAAGCCAGGCGGACGACUGA